AUGGGCGAAACGGGUGGGCGUAGCCCGCCCGGGCGUGGGACGAGGCCACCGAGCGCGGCGCGGCUCGGCCAGAGCGGCGCCGGACGCGGGGCGAGGUCGCUGGCGACGGCGGAGCCGCCGGACGGAGCGGUGGGGGGAAGCGGCUGCGGCCAAGGGCAGGGGCAGAGGAAGGCGGUGAGCGGCGUGAGGGACGGCGGGAGUAAGCGGGCACGACGGCCAGGGCCGGACGCUGGCGUAGCCGGUGAGCGGCAGGGCGCCGGUGGUAGCGGCAGCGCUGCAUGGGCGGUGGUGGCUCGAGCGGAGCAGAGCCGCGGCGAGGCAGGGGCGAUGGGAGGCGGCGACGGGCAGGGGCUCGGCGACCGGACGGCCGACGGACGGGAAACGCGAGCACAGGGCGGGCAAGGGGUCGGGCCCAGCGGUCAGUGGCCCAUUGGGGCCAACCGGGCGACGGGCGAAACGGGUGGGCGUAGCCCGCCCGGGCGUGGGAUGAGGCCACCGGGCGCGGCGCGGCUCGGCCAGAGCGGCGCCGGACGCGGGGCGACGUCACCGGCGACGGCGGAGCCGCCGGACGGAGUGGUGGGGAAAGCGGCCGCGGUCACGCGGCUGCGGCCAAGGGCAGGGGUAGAGGAAGUGGGCGAGCGGCGCGAGGGACGGCGGGAGUAA